AUGCAGUCGCGAAAAUCAAGAUGGACUGCACACAGCAUGAUCGCUGGCGCCGGAGGAGGUUUCGUCGCCAGCGUUGCGACCUGUCCGCUCGACGUCGUCAAGACCAAGCUACAAGCUCAGCGUAAAGUCCAAGGACAGCAGGGUUAUCAAGGGGUCCUUGACAUUGUGAAAACGAUCCUCAAACAUGAUGGCAUACGUGGCAUGUACCGUGGUCUUGGCCCCACAAUCUUGGGGUACCUCCCAACAUGGGCCAUCUACUUUGCGGUGUAUGACGGGAUUAAGACGCGCUUUGGAGAACCUCCGCUAGGCCUAGUGCAAAAGCAUGACCGAAUAUACCCCGCUGCACAACCUAAGGGAUAUCAGCCCGCCAUGCGCGACCACCCAUGGACCCUCCACAUCCUCUCUGCUAUGAUCGCCGGCGCUGCUAGCACAACCUGCACCAACCCACUAUGGGUCAUCAAAACCCGUUUCAUGACACAAUCAAGACGAGAAGUUAGAUAUCGACAUACUUUCGAUGCAGCCUUGACAAUAUACCGCACAGAGGGCAUCCGCGCGUUCUACCGCGGACUCCUACCCAGCCUCUUGGGAAUAACUCAUGUAGCCGUCCAGUUUCCUCUAUACGAAAAACUCAAGAUGUGGGCGCAGGGUGACUCCGAUGAGCCACUACGAAGCGAUACGAUAUUGCUAUGUUCUGGUGUAGCGAAGAUGACUGCGUCCAUCGCGACGUAUCCACAUGAGGUUGUACGCACACGGCUGCAGACGCUCCGAUUACCAAUAGCUGAGGAUACAUCCUCGGACGGCAUGGUUAAAACGCAUGCACGCCGCGGAAUCAUUGAUACGACACGCAAGAUCAUCCAGAAAGAGGGCUGGACGGGGCUCUAUAAAGGUCUGUCAGUCAACCUGUUCCGAACAGUGCCGAACAGUGCGGUUACACUUUUGACUUAUGAACUGCUUAUGCGUCACCUUACGGCUCAACAAUAA